UCGGUGUCAUGAUCGCAGAGGCGUCGAGAGAGCCAUGCAGACGUUGCGGCGUUCACAGACGCGGCACGAAAUGGGCAUUGAUCCGCCGGGCGUGUGGACGAGUGAGCAGUGAUCGCUUUCAUCUGUAGGGAAUCGACCCUGGACGUGCUCCGACGCGGUUUCAUUACUGGCCACGCGCUCUCCACGCUAAUGCACGGCGCGCUGCUCGCUUUCCAGACGGCCGGUCGACCUUCGCCCUGCAGCGGCGAAAAGCCCUAUUCACGAGCGCCAUCGCACCAACACUCCACUGCCGCCGCGGCAAUCCUUACUGCACUUCACUGCGCCGCGCUGUGCUUCAAAAGCCCAUCGCUCCCCGCUAGGCUGGUCAAGCAGUGUCAAGUCCUUCCUUCCAAGAAACGACCAAGACAUUCACUUGUCUCGUCUCGACUGCAACUCACAGACUCAGUCGACAUUCGGGCACCAUGGCCGCAAGAACUGCUGGAGGCAAUUCUGCCUUCCACAACUUCCACAAUGACUACGCUCACAUCCAAGACCCCAACGAGCGACGACGUCUCGCGCUCGCCGAAAUCGACAAGGCACCCUUUGGCUGGUACCAUGUCCGUGCCAUCGCAGUGGCAGGCAUCGGUUUCUUCACCGACGCUUACGAUAUCUUCGCCAUUGGUAUUGUGACGACGAUGCUGGGCAUGGUCUACUACCAAGACCCAAGCAUUCCAGCAUCUGCCCAAGGCAAACUCCCGGUCUCUUCUGACACCGCCAUCAAAGUCGCAACUUCUGGUGGCACCGUCAUUGGCCAGCUUGGAUUUGGUUUCCUCGCCGAUGUCGUUGGACGUAAGAAGAUGUACGGUCUUGAACUGAUUCUCAUCAUCUUCGCAACUCUGGCUCAGGCUCUUUCCGCCCACUCUCCCGCCAUCGAAAUUGUUGGAGUCAUCAUCUUCUGGCGUGUUCUCAUGGGUAUCGGCAUCGGUGGUGAUUACCCACUGUCUUCCGUCAUUACUUCCGAAUUCGCGACCACAAAAUGGAGAGGUGCCAUGAUGGGAGCUGUGUUCGCUCAGCAAGGUCUCGGCCAGUUCGCUGCUGGUAUCGUUGCUCUCAUUGUCACUGUCGGCUUCAAGGAGUCUCUCCAGAGCGCCAGCAGCCAGGCCACUUGCGAUGGUGUUUGCAAUCUUGCCGUUGACAAGAUGUGGCGUGUCGUUAUCGGUAUGGGUGCUGUCCCAGGCUGUAUCGCCCUCUACUUCCGUCUCACGAUUCCCGAAACACCUCGAUACACAUUCGAUGUCUCCCGCGAUGUUGUCAAGGCUGGCUCCGAUGUGAAGGCAUACCUCGCUGGCACUGCUGAGGGUGUUCCGGAUGAGCUCACUCGCGUAGCCACCAUGCGCGAUGCUGCGCCUCAGCUGGAGACUCCCAAGCCCUCGUGGAAAGACUUUUUCGGGCACAUCGGCCAAUGGAAAUACGGCAAGGUCCUGUUUGGAACGGCUUCCUCCUGGUUCCUGCUUGAUGUUGCCUUUUAUGGUGUCGGUCUCAACAACUCCACGAUUCUCCAAGCCAUCGGCUACGGCAAGGGCAACAACGCUUAUGAGUUUCUCUACAACAUCGCCGUCGGCAACGUCAUUCUGGUCUGUGCUGGUGCGAUUCCAGGCUACUGGGUAACAGUCGCUACUGUCGACACACUUGGACGUAAGCCAAUUCAACUCAUGGGCUUCGUCAUCCUCACCAUCCUGUUCUGCAUCAUGGGUUUCGCAUACCACCAAAUCGGAACGAGCGGGCUCCUAGCAUGCUACGUCCUCGCUCAAUUCUUCUUCAACUUCGGACCCAACUCGACAACCUUCAUCGUGCCCGGAGAGUGCUUCCCAACUCGCUACCGCUCCACAUGCCACGGUAUCUCCGCCGCCUCAGGCAAGAUCGGAUCCAUCAUCGCCCAAGCCGCUAUCGCUCCUCUCCGAACUCGUGGCGCCACAUCUACCAACCCUAGCCCUUGGCUCAACCACGUCCUUCAAAUCUUCGCGCUCUUCAUGUUGCUCGGCUGCUUCACCACUUUCCUCAUUCCAGAGACUAAGCGCUUGACAUUGGAGCAACUUGCCGGUGAAGUCCCGGGUACUCCACAGUACGAUCCUGUACUUGCGGGUCGUGGCGCCGUCACUCGUCAGGACUCUUCGGAACAGGAGCACAUUAGCCAAGAGAAGGCUCAACAGAACGUCUAG